GCCGGAAGUUGGUUGAGACACAACGAGGAGCCAUAAUCCGCCGCGAACUUCAGAGUACGGAGUGUCUGGGGGCUACGUGGGUAGGGAAUUGGCCGGCUGUAUUUACAGGGACUAUCAAUGGACACCCAAAAGGACGUUCAGCCCCCGAAGCAGCAGCCGAUGAUAUAUAUCUGCGGAGAAUGUCACACAGAAAAUGAAAUAAAAUCCAGGGAUCCAAUCAGAUGCAGAGAAUGUGGAUACAGAAUAAUGUACAAGAAAAGGACUAAAAGAUUGGUGGUUUUUGAUGCUCGAUGAAACUUGGAAUUCAGAGGAUUAUCUUCAUUUGGAUUUGGAUUUGGUGUUAAUGUUGUAUAGCUUUUGAUUAGUGUACAUAUCUUUACAAAUACAAAUAACAUUUCAUUUUAAAAUCCAUCUUGUAUUUAAAUAUCUAUUUAAUAGUUCCUAUAAAGAAAAUUUUUUGUUCAAUUACAUGAUUUAUAAUUUACUUUUAUUGUAUAUGUAAUCUGACACAGAGUGAAAGUUUAAAGUGCUUCCCUAAACCACACUUUUAAUUAAGGCCUAGAAUCUUUUGGGAUUCUUGUUAAAAAUGAAGUUUUCUAGGGCCCUGUGAAGGUCUGAUUUAGUAAGUUCCUUGGAAACUACUGUUUUACAUCACCAACUUUGUAAACUCUCCAGCAUUAUUUUGUAUUGAGUAUACCAAUGUACUUAGCUUGCAUGCAUUAUUUUAAGUUAAAUUUUUCAUUUUUACUUGAUGUAGGCCUUCUGUAUAUAUAUAUAUAAGGCUUGACUAUAUAUAUAUAUUUUUUUUUUAAAGAUUUUAUUUAUUUAAUUGACAG